UGGAUCAGGCUGAUUCGUAGAAUGGCUAGAUUUUUUUUUUUUUUAUCUUUUUUGAUCUUCUCAUCAUUCUCCCUCAUAUCUUGCUCCUCCCUUGACCUGAUUUCAUCACUGUUCUUUAGUUGUCUUUUCCCGCCGCCAUGAAUGUCGAUAUGGAGACUAAACGCUGGUUGCUCGCUAUCGACUUCGGGACAACCUUCUCCUCCCUGGCCUUCGCCGUGCUCCAUCCGGGCGAUCGACCCCUAGGAUUCACGGCUAAUGAUGUUCAUUGUAUCACCGACUUCCCAGACGCUCAAAUCAGCAGUGGUGGCAAGCGUAACGAGGUGCCGUCCCAGAGCUGGUACCCGAUGCUCAACUGUGCGUCAAACAACAAAACGAGCUCUUCAAGUUCUAAUACAACAUAUAUUGACCUCGAAAACUCCGACUAUGACUCGGGUUUCGAGGUUCAAAGCGAUGAAAGUGGAACGGAAGAUGGCUUUUCGCCGGAUACAAACUACCGCGAGCGACCAGCUGUGCCUCAGAGAUGGCGACGUGCCUUCAGUUUGGAAGAUAAACGCAACUAUUUCUGGGGGUUCAGCGUGGACAAAGAAUUGCAGUACGGGGACCAAGAGAGGCGAGGACACAAGCGUAUCUCGCGGUCAAAGCUGCUUCUUGACACGAGCGAGCACACUGAGGCUCUACGCAACGAUCUUCGUACCACGCUGUCCAACCUUGAGGAAAGUCGGAUCAUUGUCAACGACCUGGAUGUGAUUGAGGACUACCUCACCGUUCUGCUGCACCAUGCGAAGAUUGAGCUGACACACCGGCAUGGCCUCUGCACAGAGGACACAAUCGAACUGGUCUUGUGCGUGCCUGUCGUGUGGACGCGGAGCGCCUGCAGAUCGAUGCAGACUUCGAUCACCAACGCAGCAUUUCGAUCUCAGCUCGUUGAGCCCAAGGGGCUCAAGGAAAUAUAUGUCGUCUCGGAGCCAGAAGCCGCCACCGCGCAGGUCCUCUCGGUCCCAAGGGUAAUGGAGACGGGUGAGACAUUCGUCUUGCUUGAUGCCGGGGGAGGGACUGUCGAUGCAAUCACGUACAAACUACACAACACGGAUCCAUUGAAACUUGAGAAGGAGGCUGUACCGCCAGAAGGUGCCCUCUGCGGAUCGAGCUACCUGAACGAAGCCUUUGAAAGACUUAUCACGAAGCGACUGUCAGAAGAAACCUACUUGACUCAGAACGGCCUCACGCCGGAGGGCGUCGUCGCAGGGCCCAUGACCGCAUUUGAGAACGUGCACAAACGCGUCGAUGUAACUAACACCAGAUUUCCCGGAACCGAUGUCAAUGUUACGGGGUUGAAAGCCAACCGGACAAAACGAUUCAAGGCCAAUCGAAUGGUUGUUGAUAGGUCGGAAUUCGUGGACAUUUUCAAGCCUCUGCUUGAAGGCAUCGCAAAUCUGAUGAUACGCCAGAUAAACAUGGCUUACGCAAAGAAUAUCACUAUAGAUAAAGUUGUGCUCAUUGGCGGAUUCGCUGCCUCGCGACCCCUGCGAAGGUUUAUCAGAAAGAGGCUGGCCAAGAUCUCCCUGAAAUUACCAAAGCCGAUUAGAUUCUUAUGCCCACAGACCCCGGAGACAGCGGUGGCUACUGGGGCGGUGCUUCGCGCUCUUUAUCGAGAAGAAGGCCCCUCACGCCUGACCCAAUCCAGCUAUGGCUUCUUGAUCAACGAGGUCUACGACCCGGGCGAGUUCGAAGCCCACAGACGGAUCCGUAUGCCACGCAUUGACCGAUUUGACGGGGAGCGCUGGGUUCGCAAAACAAUCCAAUGGGUCAUCAAAAAGGGCGACGAAGUGGCACCUUUUAGAGAAUUCCCCCAGCGCGUCAUCCACACUUUCCCCGUGACGGACGAUGACCUGGUCUGCCGGGAGAUUCUUUACGUAUCCGACAGACGUCACGAGUCGCACUAUCGUAUUGACGAUCCGAUCAAUGAUGGCUGGGAAAUUGCCGGCAUUGUCAAGGCAAAUAUGAGCUUCUUACGCGAUGGAGGAUACAUCCACCCCAUCCAGUCAGAGGAUGGCAUUGGUGACCCUUACUACAGUAUUGAAUAUGACGUGGUGAUUAUCGUCGAUGGGCCGAAUCUCAAAUUCAAGAUUCAGUUGGUACAUGAUGGGAAAGAGCAAGUCAUGAAGCAAAAGGACCUCAGCAUUGCGGCCGCCUUUGCGAGUCUGGAGGGUGAUUCAGCAUAACUCUUUUUCACUAUUCAAUUUUAUCUUAUAUAAGUAUCUUUUGCUGGUCUUUGUUUCUCCUUGUUGGACCUCUAAAGAAAGUGG